AUGUUGUCUUUCAGAUCUCUUGUUCUGACCUUCUUCUGUCUCUAUGUGGUUGCGGCAGACACAGUGGUGAACCUGGGCUAUGCCAGCUACCGGGGAACAGCUCUCUCGAAUGGGAUCUCCCAAUGGUUGGGAAUGCGUUUUGCUGCACCCCCAGUUGGAAAAUUGCGGUUUGCAGCUCCUCAAGAUCCCCCUGUUAUGAAGGGAAUCCAAGAUGCCACAAAGCAUGGGCCUGUAUGUAUUUCUACAGGGAAAAAAACCAUCCCUAGUGGACAAUCGGAGGACUGCCUCUUCCUGGAUGUCUAUGCUCCUACCAAUGUGAAGAAGUCCACCAAGCUGCCUGUCUUCUUCUGGAUUCAGGGAGGGGGAUAUAAUGCCGAUUCCAACGCCAACUACAAUGGUACCGGUCUGAUCGAAGCCUCCGGUAUGAAUAUAGUAGUCGUAACGUUUAAUUAUCGUGUUGGUCCCUAUGGUUUCCUUGCGGGAAAGGAGGUCCAAGAGGGCGGAAGCUUGAACAAUGGGCUUAAAGACCAGAUAAAAGCGCUUGAAUGGGUCCAGAAGUAUAUUGCACAGUUUGGCGGCGACCCUGGCCAUGUCGUGGUGGGAGGUGACAGUGCUGGAGCCGGCGCAAUAACCCUCUUACUGUCUGCUUAUGGCGGCGACGGUCAGCUGGGAAACUUAUUCCACGCGACAGCCGCGGAGUCCCAGUCGUUUGGGACCGUCCUGACAGUCGAGGAGAGCCAAUUUGUUUACGACAAUCUGACCGCCCGUACCGGUUGCGCAGAUAGUGACGAUACAUUGGCGUGCCUGCGCAGCCUCGAUGUAGCGACGCUGCAGCGGCAGAACUACAACAUCCCGUUUCCAGGAGCGGAGAUACCACCGCUUUUUAUGUAUGGGCCGACGAUUGACGGAGAACUGGUCCCAGACUACACGGACCGCCUGUUUCAGCAGGGACGUUUUCUGAAAGUGCCCGUUAUCUUUGGGGACGACACCAAUGAGGGCACGGUCUGGGUCCCAAAGAACACUUCCUCCAUCGCAGAAGCCGACACGUUCAUCCAGGCCCAGUUUCCCUUCAUCAAACCUGACCAGCUGGACCGAAUCAAUGCCAUGUAUAUGGAGGGGAAUAACUCCCAAACAACCACCUACCCUGACUCGGGACCCUACUGGCAAAGCGCGAGUAACGCCUACGGCGAAAUGCGUUACAUCUGCCCGGGCAUCUACGUCUCAUCCGUCUUCGCCCGAUACCCCGAAACCAGCAACAGCAACUGGAAUUACCACUACGCUGUCGAGGACCCUUGGGACGAGAAAUGCGGCUACGGGGUAAAACACACCGUCGAGGUCAAUGCUAUCUGGGGGCCCGAGUACGUCAGCUCUAAAGCUCCGUCAUCGUAUUUCACGACCAACGCGCCGAUCGUUCCUGUCAUGCAGGGAUACUGGACCAGCUUCAUCCGCACGUUUAACCCCAACACAUAUCGCUACCCCGGCAGUCCGGAAUGGAAACCUUGGGGGACCGGUGGUGGUGGUUAUAAUCGCAUUUUCAUCCAAACUGGAAAUACGUCAAUGGAAAUUGUGCCCAUGGAUCAAAGAUCUCGAUGUGCUUACUUGUCCUCUAUUAGUCUGGAUCUCAGGCAGUAA